AUGUCACAAUGGCUGGGUCAUAAAGCACCUGGCUACUUGAACUGGGGCCCUGGGGCUCAGGGCUCACUCUGCCACGGGUAGGCAUUGCCUGAAGAAACGUCGCUGCUCCGGGACCACACCUAUCUGUUUUCCCUUUCUUAUACUGAGAGAGGGAGGAAACGGAACUACUUAUACCCCAUCUGCUCCCCCUUUGCGUAUUACUACUACUGCUAUCGCUACCGCCUCAUCUACAGGCGGAGGAUGGUGCCUUCCCACGGGAGUAUCACCAUGACUGAGCGCGAGAGCCUGACCCUCAGACCUCGCUACUGCUUCCAAUGUUCCGAGUCCUUGGGAGGCGGCCCGGCUGGCAGAGGGGCUAACCAGGGUGAGCUGAAAGAGUUGUACAAGGCUGGGAACCUGACAGUGUUUGCUGGCGACCUUCUGCUCCCUGGUCUCCCCGUCCAGCUGGACUUCCAUUUCCAACUCGGUCCCCGCGGCUCCGCUCACUGGCACGGACUCCUGGCCGACGGCAAGCUUUUCCUGGACACGCCCCGCGGCGCCCUGGAUCAAAACAACCGCGAAAGCCUGACUGCGACGCUGGAAUACGUGGAGGAACAGACCGCCGUGAACCUCGUGUUUGUGAACUUCCAGCCGGCUCGCAGCGAUCGCGGAGACCUGUUGCGAGCAUUCAGCUACUUGGGCUUUGAGGUUGUCAGACCAGAUCAUCCCAUGCUGCCGCCCUGGCAGGAUGUUAUCUUCAUGGUUUACCCGCUGGAGCGAGACUACUGACCAGAGCUGGAAUGAGAGUUCCUGAAGCUGGGCAUUCUGCAAAGAUGGGAUGGGUGGGGGGACGGCUUAGCUCCCACUUAACUUGGGCCUGGAACUGGCAGGAUGGGGCAGAGGCUUUGAGUUGAUGUGCGUAACAGCAUGUCCCCACUGAGCAUCAUUAAAUGGGUGUGAAAGCACAGGUGUGG